AUGAACGGAGAUGAAUCAAACCUCCAUAAUAAUGAUAUAAUUGAUGAAGGUAAAUUCAAAAUAUAUAAACAAGGAAACAAAACAUAUUGGUAUAAAAUUGAUAUUUAUCAAAGUUUAUUAUCUUGGUAUGAAAAAAGAGAUGACGAAUCAGCAACAUCAUUUUUAAUGGUUCAUCAAAUUACAUCAAUUGAACCAUGUACAAGUCCAAAUAAUGAUAGUGAUAAAUAUUUUGUAAAAGUUUUUUUAAAUGAAAGGGAAAAAAUUUCAAAUGAUGACAAUGAAGAAAUUGAUGAUGAUAAGAUUUUAUUUAUUUUUAGUUAUUCAAAAGAGAGAGAUGCAUUCAUUGAAUCAUUGAAAAAAUGUAAACAAUUUAAAAUUGAAAUUAAUAGUAAGAAUGUUACAAAUAUUAAACCAGCUUCACCAAAGGGUAAAUCGUCAUCAUCACCAUCAUUAUCAGCAUCACUUUCACAAAAAAAGCCAUCAACCGGUAGUGGUUUCAUUGGUACCAAUAGAAAAUCUUUAACAAAACCCCAAUCUUUCUCUCAAGUUAAAGCACCUUCAAGACCUGGUAGUCAAACUUUUUUAAUGGGUUCAUUUAGACAAGUUGAAAAUAAUAAUAAUAAUAAUAAUGAUGAUGAUAAUGAUAAUGAUGAAAUUGAUGAUCAACAAGAAGAAGAAGAAGAAAUAGAGCAAGAAGAAGAGCAAUUAGAAAAAGAAAAUGAAAAAGAAAAAGAACAACAAGAAAUUAUUGAAAAACAAAAAGAAAUUGAAAAACAAAAAGAAAUUGAAAAAGAAAAAGUAAAACAAAAAGAACAAGAAAAAAAAAAUGAAAAGGAAAGACAAGAAAAAGAAAAACUAGAAAAAAUAAAAGAGAAAGAAAGAGAAAGAGAAAAAGAAAGAGAUAAAGAAAGAGAGUUAGAAAAAGAAAGAGAAAGAUUAAAAGAAAAAGAAAGAGAGAAAUUAAAAGAAAAAGAAAAAGAGAAACAAAAACAAAAAGAAAACGAAAAGCAAAAAGAAAAUGAAAAACAAAAAGAACAGGAAAAACAAAAAGAAAUCGAGAAGCAAAAAGAACAAGAAAAACAAAAAGAACUUGAAAAGCAAAAAGAAAACGAAAAACAAAAAGAAAUUGAAAAACAAAAAGAGCAAGAAAAUGAAGAUUCAAUGAAUAUAAUUCAAGACGAAAUUAAUGGAAAGAAAGAAGACGAACAACAACAACAGCAACAACAGCAACAGCAACAGCAACAACAAAAACAAUCAUUACCAAUUAAACAAGUUAAAUUUGAAACAAUUGAGCAAGUUGAAAGUUUAAAAAAUAGUUUACAAAUUAGUUUUGAUUCAAGCGAACAACCACAAACUAAAUCAGAAACAACUGAAGGAGGAGAAACUACAACAACUUCAACAACCUCAACAACAAAUUCUACAAUUCAAAGUUUAAAAGUUGUAAAUUAUAGAUCAACAGGUCGUUCAGAGGAUGAUGAUAAUAAUAUACCAGUUGAAAGUAAGAGUGCUAUUACAUUUAGAAAAUCACCAUCAUUAAAUUCAAGUGGUGGAGGUGGAAAUAAAAGAGUUUUUAAUAGUAAAGUUAAUGGUAGUAUUAAUAGUAGUGAUGAUGGUAAUUCAAAUCUAUUUGGAUAUGGUGGCAGUUUAAAUGGUAGUAAUAAUUCAUUAACAACAACAACAACAACUACAACUUCAUCAUCAACAUCAACACCAUCCUUAAAUAAUUAUCCAAAUAAUAUUAGAUUAUCAGGAUCAGGUACAAAAUUACCAAUUGGUCAACAAGGUUUAAGCCAAGAUUCAAAUGGUUAUUAUAUUAUUGGUAAUAAUACAAAUCAAUUAAGAUCAAUCAUUGGUAGAUCAGUUGCUGGUGAUUCAUCCUUUACUGGUAUUAUAGCUGGUAAAUUUAAAAUCGAUUGGAGACCUACCCAACAAAUUUGGCUUGUAAAUUUAGAGAGUGGUGGUGGUAAUAGUGGUAGUAAUAAUAGUAGUCCAUUAUUAUCUCAUAGUAAUAAUAGUAUUGAUAGUUAUGGUAGUGGUAAUAGUAAUAACAGUAAUAACAAUAACAAUAAUAAUAAUAGUAAUGGUAAUAAUAAUAAUAAUAAUAAUAAUAAUAAUAAUAAUAAUAAUAAUAAUAAUAAUAAUAAUAAUAAUAAUAAUAAUAAUAAUAAUAACAACAACAGUAACAAUGAAAUUGAAAUUGGACCAGCGACACCAUCAAAAGAAGAAUUACUAUUUAGAUUGGAGAGAAAGAGAGAGAAAGCAUUAGAAGAGAAUGAUACAAUUUUAGCUAACUUAUUAAAACAAAGACAAAUUGAAUUGGAACAGUCACAAGAAGAAACUUUCAUAUUCAAAGGUGGUAUUGUUUUAGCACAUAGAAAUGAAAAAUGGGAAUUAUUAGAAGCGCCAAUACCAAAGAAUUCUUCAAAAACACCUUAUCAUCAAGAUAAUAGACCAAAUAAUAAUAAUAGUAAUAAUAAUAAUAAUAAUAAUAAUAAUAGUAAUAAUAAUAAUAAUAAUAAUAAUAAUAAUAAUAAUAAUAAUAAUAAUAAUAUUCAACAAUCACCAUCAAUUUCAUCAAUUAAUAUAUCACAACAACAAUCACAAACAUCACCUGUAAUAAUACCUCAAUCAAUGACAUCAUCUAUUUUCGAUGGUUUAACAAAAGUUUUUAAUACUGUCAGUUCUGUAGUUGAACCAAAAUUAGACCAAUUAUUGGAUUCAUCUUUAUUGGGUGGUAGUGGUGGUAAUGGUAAUAACAACAAUAAACAACAUGAACAAUUACAAAAAGAGAAACAACAAGAAAAACAAAUUUUAACAAGUUUAGAAAAGAUUGAACAACAACAGCAACAAAUUAAUAAGAUACCAAUUGAAGAAUUAAAAUUAUCAAAUAAUCAAAUUCAAGAGAUUUAUAUUAAACCUUUAAAGAAGUCAAUAUUUGAUAUUGCAAAUUAUUUCGGUCAAAAUAGUAAUCAUACAAAAUUGGAACAAUAUUCAUUGGGCGAUGAUGCUAUCAAUAAAAAGAUUGCAAUUUUAGUACGUGGUAGAUUAGCAACUGCUAUCGCAAAUUUAGUAUCACAUGGUUUCAUAGUUUCACCAACUAAUAUGGUUGGAUCAAUAUUUAGAAAUGUAAUCAAUGGUGCUACUGGUAGUGGUGGUGGUGGUAGUGGUGGUGGUAAUAGUCUAUCAAGCAGUUUAGGUAAUAUAGUUACAGGUAAACGUCAUCUUUGGGAAUUCAUUGAAAAUUAUAAAAAAACAACACAACAUGGUACAAUCGCAGGUAUAAGUUUGAUUCAAACCAUUAAUACAAUCAAUUCAUUUGAAAAUAUUUCAUCCGCUUGGAAAGAUCCAAAUAUUAAAUUUAGAACUUUAAUUUGUGUUGGUUUAAAUCAACAUGUCCUUGAUCAAUGGUUUGCUUUACUUCAAACUGAUACAAAUGGUAUCUCUCAUUAUUUCCAUCCAAAUGCUAUCAUUAAUUCAUUGGAUCAUUGGAGAUUGUUUUGUCAAUGUUUUGCUCCAAUCUUAAAUUUACCAUUUAAAUUAUCUUUAGAUUAUGAAUGUAAAUUUAUAAAUUCUCCAAUAAUUAAUAAUGGUAUUGCAAGAAAUUCAAAUUCUCCAUCAAUUAAUUCUUCAGCAUAUGGAAUAACAACAACACCAACAACAACAACAAUAACAAAUUCUUCACCAUUUUUGUCAUCAAUUCCAACACCAAAUGUUGGAAAUAUUAAAAGUCAAUUGGCAAGUUUUUCAAAUACAUUAAUAGAUGGUACUUCAACUUUAUUCACAGAGUUGUCUGAAAACACUAAUAGUUUAACUCAAUCAAUUCAUUCAAAAUACUCAAAUUUAACAAAUUCAAUGUUCCAAUCUUCAAAUGAAAAUAAUGAUACCAGCAUCAAUAAUAACAGUAAUAAUGAUAAUAAUAACGAUAAUUUAUCAUCAAGAAAAAGAGUAACUUUCUCUGAGGAUGGUGAGAUUCAACAUGGCCAUCAACAACAACAACAACAACAAAAUGGUAAUAUGCUUGAAAAAAUCCAAUCAUCAAUUAAACCACUUUCUCAAAAGAUUGGUGAAUAUUUUGAUGGCUAUUAA